CUCAUAUAUAAAUCUUCAGUUCUUUGCUUUUCCAUCUUUCUCAAAGAAUCUCUUAUCUUCUUUUCCAUCUUCCAUUCCUAAUUCCCUCUUUUAUGAUCUCUUCACACGAUCUCAUCAUUUACUUAUAAUAUAACUCAAAACCCUUGAUCCAUUUCGUUACGUUUCAUUCGAAUUCUAAAUCACCAUCGAGCGAUUCUGUUGACCCUUUGCGCAAGGCCUAGAUCAGAUACUUCAUAAUCGCUCAAAAAGGUUUGGAGAAUGGGUUCUCUGCAAGUACCGGUUGUAUGCCCCUCUGCCAAAGCAGGGUUCUGUAGAAUUCCUAUGAUCGGGGCAAUGAAAAUGAGUGUUAGAUGCAUUAGAAGUGAAUUUUGGGGUCUCUCUGGUGCCAUGGCUAAAUCUAGUUUUCUCUCUUGUCACAUAAACAUGCGAAAGUGCAAGAGAGUGCAUUGUAGUUCCAACUCGUCUUCGAAUGACAGUGGAAGUACCGCAGAUAAUUUCAAUGAAAAAGAUGAAGAUUAUGUUAACUCUAGUGUGAUUGAAGCUGUUGAGGUGAAGAGCGGAGCAGAUGGUUUCAUAAUCAAAAUGAGGGAUGGAAGACACUUGAGAUGCAUCCAUAACAAUCCUCAGGGAGGGCAUCUUCCAGAUUAUGCACCGCAUCCUGCUAUUGUAUUGAAGAUGGAAGAUGGGACUGGUCUACUUCUCCCUAUAAUUGUUUUGGAGAUGCCAAGCGUCUUGCUAAUGGCAGCAAUACGCAAUGUUCCAAUAGCUAGACCUACCUUAUAUCAAGUUGUGAAGGAGAUGGUUGACAAGAUGGGUUAUGAAGUGAGACUAGUCAGAGUUACUAGGAGGGUUCAUGAGGCAUAUUUUGCCCAGUUGUAUCUUACCAAGGUUGGAAAUGAGCAAGAAUGUGUGAGCUUUGAUCUUCGACCUUCAGAUGCUAUCAAUAUUGCAGUAAGAUGCAAGGUGCCGAUACAAGUCAACAAGUACUUGGCAUACAGCGAUGGUAUGAGAGUAAUUGAAUCAGGCAAACUCCCAUCACAGUUCCCUGGUUCGGACGGUCGAUUAUUUACUGAGAUGGACCGGCCAAGUGGUCAGCCUUGUACCGAGACCAUGGAGUUCAAUCUAUUGCACAACAUGUUGAAAGCUGUUGUUGAAGAGCGCUAUAAAGAUGCAGCUUUGUGGAGGGACAAACUCAAUCAACUUAGGGCUGGAAAAAACGUGAAUAACAGGUAUGAAGCUUUUAUGGUAUGACAAUUUAACGCUUCCAGCACUGCCUUAAGAAUUCUCUAGCUGAGUGAAUUUACCCAAAGCCCAACCAUUUUUUGGUUUUUUUUUUCGGUUGGGACAGCUUUAAUGCACGCCGACAACUUUUAUUUUGUUGCAGAUCCUGAACGCCUUAAUUGUAUAUAAUUCAAAUCUUAUAUUAGAGAGUCGAUGGGAUUCGGUACAGCAGAUGGCAGUCAUGUCUCUCCCUUACUUGGCCUAUAUAUAUAUAUAUAUAUAUAUAUAUAUAUGCUUACAUUGUGAAUAUUUGUAUAUAUUUGUAAACAUUAAUGCUAAUGCAAUCAUGUGGAACUUUUCACUGCUUUUCUGAUAUACUCGUUUCAAUCCUCAAAAGCUGUUAAUAUGUAUUUUGUUUUUUAUCCAUAGGAUGCAGUAAAGUGAUGGUUGUGUUUCGCUGUAUUAUUAAAA